GACUGUUUUUCUGUCAAAGCAGUAAAUAUCAGGCUACUCCCUGUGUUGGCAGGAGGAAAGACAAUGUUUUAUAAUUCGUUAUUUAACACAGCCAGUUAACAGUCCAGCUGUUGUUGGGUAAGUGGUCCGUCUAGUGAAGAGAUGAACCGACUGCUUCGCUUUGUGUUAUAACAGAGACUCGUCCACUUUAUCAAAUCUGUGGCGACUUAGCUUUAGCUAGCUUGACAGGUUAGCUCGACGCUAUAGCACGCUGAGUUAGCGUCUACAGGAGGCGUCGUUUCUAGUGACUAUGCAAGGGGAAACAGCGGCUCUACGAAUCUCGGAAAGCGAUGGAAAGCUGGAUGUAUUUCCCCAGAACAGGACCCCCAGCUCAGGGAGAGCGAGUGCCAAAAGCUGGCAGUACAGUGACCACAUGGAGAAUAUUGAUGGCUACCUCAUGAAGUACACUAACCUUGUAACUGGAUGGCAGUACAGGUUUUUUGUCUUAAACAAUGAGGCGGGUUUUUUGGAGUACUUUGUCAAUGAGCAGUCACGGCCACAGAAGCCCCGCGGCAGUCUCCCCCUGGCAGGAGCCGUCAUCUCCCCAAGCGACGAGGACUCGCAUACGUUCACCGUCAACGCCAUCAGUGGGGAGCAGUACAAGCUCCGGGCCACCGAUGCCAAAGAGAGGCAGCACUGGGUGAGCAGGCUGCAGAUCUGCACGCAGCACCACACAGAGGCCAUGGGAAAGACUAACCCCCCGCCAAAGUCCCGGAGCUACUCCAUGGCGUCUCAAGGCAGCGGCAGCUCCCCCAUGUCCGUGCGCCGGCCCAGCCAAAACCCCAACUCCCUAUUCGGGUGGUCGCAGACCAACAAAGGCUCUUCGCUCUACUCCAGCAAGAGGUCCCUGCUGCCUGAUCACCUGCUGGACGCCAGAGAGAUGAUGACCCAGGCUCAGGGCCAGCACCGAGACCUCAUCCAGAGCAUCGAGGGCCUCCCUGCAGCCCCGGGCCUCUCCCCUUUAGACCAGGACUUCCUGAUGCUCAAGGCCACCUCUAUGGCCACCAUGAACUGCCUCAACGAGUGCCUGCAAAUCCUGAACCUGCAGCAAGUGGCCAGGCUGAGGGGCUCCCUGGGAGGACCCAGCAUCGAGUGGCUGGAGCCCAAGCUUCCAGACAUCCUGAAGAACGGCAGCGGCUCCCUGGGCAGCUUCCCGACGGGGGAGGGCCCGCUGGAGGGGGGACAACUGGAGCUAAGCAGCCCGGAUUCUUGCAGCUUCUCUGGGGAACAAGAAGACAUCGACGCGGAGGAUGAGGCCGAGGACUCCCUAACGGACAAGGAGGAGGACCUGGGUGUCGUGGAAGAGGAGCGCAGCGUCAUCCUACACCUGCUGUCCCAACUGAAGCUGGGCAUGGACCUCACGCGGGUGGUCCUCCCCACCUUCAUCCUGGAGAAGCGUUCUCUCCUGGAGAUGUACGCCGACUUCAUGUCCCACCCGGACCUCUUUGUUGCCAUCACGGACGGCAGCAGCCCAGAGGACCGCAUGGUCCGCUUCGUUGAGUACUACCUCACCUCCUUCCACGAGGGCCGCAAGGGCGCCAUCGCCAAGAAGCCCUACAACCCCAUCAUCGGAGAGUCCUUCCACUGCUCCUGGAAGGUGCCGAGGCCAGAGGCCCCCAAGGAGCCGUCGCAGGGGAGCCCAGAGCCGUCCGCCUCCCAGGACCCUUACCAAGUGCGCUUUGUGGCGGAGCAGGUGUCCCACCACCCGCCUGUGUCCGGCUUCUACGCCGAGUGCCAGGAGAGGCGGAUGUGUGUGAACACUCAUGUGUGGACCAAGAGCAAGUUCAUGGGAAUGUCCAUCGGAGUUUCUAUGAUCGGGGAAGGUUGUCUGUAUCUGCUGGAGCACGAUGAGGAGUACACGUUCACGUUGCCUUGUGCGUACGCUCGCUCCAUCCUCACCGUCCCCUGGGUGGAACUGGGCGGCAAAGUCACCAUCAACUGCGCAAAGUCAGGCUACUCUGCUGUCAUCACUUUUCAGACGAAACCCUUUUAUGGUGGCAAAUUACACAAAGUGACAGCAGAGGUGAAGCACAACACCACAAAUGCAGUAGUGUGCCGGGUGCAGGGCGAGUGGAACGGCGUGUUAGAGUUCAGCUACACCAACGGAGAAAUGAAGAUGGUUGACGUCACAAAGCUGCCCGUCACAAAGAAGAGCGUUCGGCCGGUCGAGAAGCAGGGGCCCACUGAAUCCAGGCGGCUGUGGCAGCACGUGACGGCGUCCUUACGGGAGAAAGAUAUCGAAAAAGCGACGGAGCACAAGAGGCUCCUGGAGGAGAGGCAGAGGACGGAGGAGAGGCACCGCGCUGAGACUGAAACCGCCUGGAGGACCAGAUACUUUGAAAGAGAGGGUGAAGGCUGGAUCUAUCACAAACCACUCUGGAAAAACUCAGCACUCAAAACCUAGUUCCUUCAGCCCUCAUACCUUUGGAUGUAGAUGUUGUAGAUUCAGGAAUGUGUGUGUGUGUGCGUGCGUAUGAGCGAGUGGGUCUGUGUGUGUGUGUAUGUGUGCGUGAGAGAGUGAGCGCACACACACGGUUCUGAGACGGGAGCAUGACCUGCACUGAUGUACCGACGGAUGCAAUAUGGGGAGAAGGACUGAAGGUGUUGAUGUUCACGAAGCCUCCAAGUACAAGCGGUUGUACUGCUGAUCUCUCUUCUUUUCUUUUUUUUUUUUAUAAUCCAAUGACCACAUAUUCUUGUACAGGUAAUGGUACUCUCUAUACACAGCCUUAAGAUAGUCUGACGAAUGAUGCUCAAAGUUUGCUGAUCAACCUGGAUACGGUUCUUCUUGUUUUUACGCUGUAAUGUCACACUAAGAGGAAGUGACUUUUGAGGACUUUCUCCCCAAGAUGUCCGAUAUAAAGACAAGCAAAGUCAUUGGAUUACUGCCUGAUGCGAUGAAGAUUUAAAUACUGUGAAGCUGGAUUCUGUGUGCUGGAUUGUAAAGUUGCUCUACAUUAUUUUCAUCCGUGUUAAAGCGCCUGAAAUCUUUCCGUCAAGUCAAAGUAUUUCUUCACCUUCUUUAGCUUCUAAGUUUGAGACUUGAAUCUAACCAACCCACUGUCAUCAGAUUCAAAUAGCUGUUGGAUCAGUGCAUGAACAGACGUGACUCUAACCCCCAAUUCACACAUACUCCGUGCACGCUGCGGCCUGUCAUUGGAGCACGCCACCAACGCCACUACGGUCUGCUCCGUUUCAAAUACGCUGCAGGCACGCGUGAUCUUCUAGUUCUCCUGUGAUGCGUGCACAGCCGAUCAUGGCUGCGCUCCGCUGACGUUCCAGAAACGGAUCCAGUGGGGUGCAGGGGCAGGGCGCCGUCUGACGGAGAAAAAAACGUGGCGCUGACGGGCCGCGGCGAGCCCAGAGUUUGUGUGAAUAGGGGGUAAGUCAACCAGUGAUGACACAGUGAAUAUACGCCUGGCUCUGUCCAGCUCUUUAUCAACAUUAGCUUAAAGCGCUUCUGACUUUCACAAAUUAAAAUGCUUAGUUUUGUUUAUUUUGGCCAUAAAAAAGGUGUCAAAAUGGCACGUUUUUAAUGAUGGUUUCUUGUCCCGGUGCAGUGACUUUGUUGGUUGUCAUGACAACAAAGUUGCUGCUCCUUCAAGGAAUGUCGAGGAAUGUAGCUUCAAAUGAAGGGGUGUUUAUUUGAAUAAAGUAGGAGGAAAAAUAGAUGCAGAUAUAGCCUACAUUUCCCAGAAUGCAACAUUAGAUCCGGCACUUUUAAAUGCCACACUCUCCAGACUUUCAGUUUUGGAUUUAAAGCGUCCAAGCCCAUGCCGAGAAGUCACCCCCCCCCCCCCCCCCCCCAUGACAUCAUCAGGGUCACUGCUGCAGCCUCUUCCUCCCCCAGAGCCUCGUAGAAUAACUUUUUACAACGUUUUUUACAGACACAAACUGUAAAUGUCAACUUAAAAGCAUUGUCCCCAUUCGGUUAAUAUAAGUUGUGUGCGUUAAAAUAUACUUUAUUGAUAUGAACGAUGCUAAUUGAUCUCUAAAUUCUGAUUUCUUGAAUUCUUCUUUGGUGCUAUAUUGAUAUUAGUGUGCUGUCACAGUCACACUGCUUGAAUGGCAUGUCCUAGACUAGCUGACGAAUAACUACAUUUUAAAUGAUUAAAUGACUGUAAUUGAUUGAGUCAAAUGUGAAUGCAUCCAAGAUGAUUCCCCAAAUAUUCACCUCUUUCUCUCAUCAUUAUCAUUUUUAAACUCUUGUGGUCUCUGAAGUCUCUCAUUGAUUGCAGUGAAUAAGCUCCUCCUGUGUCUGCAUAGCUCCCAUUUAUAAAUGUCUGUGUGUAAAAGCUUUUAACCAAAUCUGCUUGUUUUUGUAAUGCAAAUAAAUAUCGUUUUCUUUGAACGCGUGUUCACCCCCGAUCUCGCGCUUUAAUUUUAGAGCUGUUCAUUUCCUGUGUGGAAUGUUUCAUCAGUGUUUCACUGGAUUUAGAACCAAUCUACAACUUUGCCAUGUGCAUUUAAUAACCUGAUGUUGACCCCCUUUAUCUUCAUUUUAUCAUCACAUUGUUGAAGCAUCUCUGCAGAAAGAGGAAAUCCACCCGUUCCAUUGAUAAGCUAACCCCUCCUUUAUGUCUCUGUGCCUUAUGCAAACUCUUUCUGUGCGUCGGCCGCUAAAAGAAAACAGCAUUUUAAGCAGAGCAAAGGCGUAUGAUUUCUUUUCGCGUGUGCUUGAGGGUGUUCUUGUUUCUCUUCAAGGGUUCAGUGCUUCAUGUUUGAGAGGCGUCGAAUACAGCACUUUUAUUCUGGCUUGUGUUUUAUUUUUGGAAGUCUACUGGUUGUCUUGCUGAUCUAACGAAUGCACUGACAUUGAAGAAGACGUGAUGUAGAAAAAAUGGACGUGUGUGAUCAUAAAUAAAAUGCGUAUCAGUUGUAAAA